UUGACAGUUGACUUCUGAGCUCAGUUGAAUGUAAACACGGCAUCUAUAGUCAUAUUGGAUUUUCAUUCUUCCAUAGUUUUCAUCAUGUCACCAAAAAAUAUUUUGAUAACUUUCAUCAUAUUCUUAUGUUGCUUAAGGCUUGUAAGAUCACAUUCGUAUUAUUAUUCAAACGGCCAAUUAUAUCAAGAUUUGGGAUCAGGACAGUGGUAUCAGUUAUAUGACGUGUAUGAAGCACCUCAUCAUAAGAAGAAUAAAAAUGUCGUUAUUAGUGGGUGCUCACACUGUGAUUUUGAUUCCGAUGAGUCCAAAGAGUCGUCAGAAGAAACUAAAACCAUUACUAAGAGCCAAUGGAAAGUAAUUCAAGAAGCCCUUGAUAAAGGCUGUGACUUUGAUAUCGAUUACGGCAAAAUAAAAAUUGACUGCCACAAAAGCAAAAAGAAGAGCAAAAAGAACAAGAAGUUUUAUUUUGAAAUUGAAUAA